ACCAACUUUAGCUUACCAAGCUCUGCAACAAUGGUGGUCGACAUGGUUUUACUGCGUGAGCUAUUCACAGCUACAAUCCUAUUCUUCAUUACCCAAUACUUUAUCCGCCACAUCGUCUCCAAUCCCCGCCGUCUCCCUCCAGGCCCAAAAGGCUGGCCAGUCAUCGGCGCUCUGCCACUGCUCGGCAAAAUGCCUCACGUUGCCUUAUUUGAUUUAGCCCAGAAGUAUGGUCCAGUCAUGUACCUCAAGAUGGGCACGUGCGGCAUGGUGGUGGCGUCUACCCCAGAUGCUGCUCGUGCCUUCCUCAAAACACUAGACCUCAACUUCUCCAACCGCCCACCCAACGCAGGCGCCACCCACCUCGCUUAUGAUGCCCAAGAUAUGGUGUUUGCCGACUACGGGCCUCGUUGGAAGUUGCUCCGUAAGUUGAGCAACCUCCAUAUGCUCGGUGGUAAAGCGUUGGAAGACUGGGCCAAUGUACGUGGCGCUGAACUCGGUCACAUGAUACGAGCCAUGUGCGAGUCGAGUCGUCGUGGUGAACCCGUUGUUGUGCCCGAGAUGUUGACUUAUGCUAUGGCUAAUAUGAUUGGUCAGAUCAUGCUGAGUCGCCGAGUUUUUGCUUCAAAAGGUGAUGAGUCGAACGAGUUUAAGGACAUGGUGGUUGAGCUCAUGACAUCGGCCGGGUUAUUCAAUAUCGGUGAUUUUAUCCCUUCGAUUGCAUGGAUGGAUUUGCAAGGUAUUGAAGGAGGAAUGAAGAAACUGCAUAAGAAGUGGGAUAAUCUCAUUGCAAAGAUGAUUAAGGAGCACAAAGCAACCGCUCAUGAACGAAAGGGGAAACCCGAUUUUCUCGACGUGAUCUUUGCGAAUCGGGAAAACUCGGAAGGCGAGAGACUCUCCGACAUCAACAUCAAGGCCCUCCUCUUGAACCUCUUUUCGGCUGGAACAGAUACAUCAUCGAGCAUAAUUGAGUGGGCACUAGCAGAGAUGAUGAAGAACCCAUCAAUCCUUGAAAAAGCCCAUGCCGAAAUGGACGAAGUGAUCGGCCGGAACCGCCGUCUCGAAGAAUCCGACAUCUCAAAGCUUCCAUACCUCCAAGCUAUCUGCAAAGAGACUUUCAGGAAACACCCAUCAACACCAUUAAACCUCCCUAGAGUUUCUACUGAAGCUUGUGAGGUGAAUGGGUACUACAUACCUAAGAACACAAGGCUGAGUGUUAACAUAUGGGGUAUUGGAAGAGACCCUAAUGUGUGGGAGAAACCAAUAGAGUUCACACCAGAGAGAUUCUUGAGUGGAAGGAAUGCUAAGAUUGAUCCUCGUGGGAAUGAUUUUGAGUUAAUUCCAUUUGGAGCUGGGAGAAGGAUUUGUGCAGGAACUAGAAUGGGAAUUGUGUUGGUGGAAUAUAUAUUGGGAACACUUGUUCAUGCUUUUGAUUGGAAGGUUCCAGGAGGAGCUGAUGCGUUGAACAUGGAUGAAGCAUUUGGGUUGGCUUUGCAGAAAGCUGUGCCACUGGCGGCCAUGGUCACACCUAGGUUGGCACCUACUGCUUAUGCAACUUGAUGGGUUUGGUUUGG